GCCCAUUGCGCUUGUCACCCGUCCAGUAGCGUCGUCGUAUAAAUGCUUGCACUGUUCUAGAUAACAAAGAACCUACUUGUUACUUGAAUUUUAAGAUCACUUUAGUGAUUUAGUAAAACUUUACUUUUCUCGGUAUAUGUGGUUAAGUACAGCAGUCAUUGUCAUUUCAUUCCUUACAGUUAUAAACAUGGAUGAAAGUCACAGACCGUCUUCAUAUCUGGACGAGCCGCCGAACAGUCGUCUGUUUCUCGUCACCAGUAAAUCAGUCUCUGAAGAUGUCAUCCGAGAGCAUUUCACACGCUUCGGGGUGAUUCAGGACUUCUGGGUGGUGAAAGACAAACACACGAAAGAGUCGAAAGGAGUUUCGUUUGUGAAGUACGCGAAGUCUUCUCAAGCUUGCACUGCUAUGGAGGAGAUGCACGGAAAAUGCCUGGCCGAAGGAACUAAACCCAUAAAGGUGUUCAUCGCACAGUCCAGAUCUUCUGGAAAUCACCGGGAUGUGGAGGACGAGGAGCUCACCAGAAUAUUUGUCAUGAUCCCAAAAACCUUCACGGAGGAGGACUUGAAAGAAACCUUUAAGGAGUAUGGCGAUAUAGAGUAUGCCAUUGUUAUAAGAAAUAAGACCACGGGGGAAAGUAAAGGUCUGGGAUAUGUAAGAUACCACAGGCCUUCAUAUGCCGCUCGAGCCAUAGAGAACUGUGAUAAGACCUUUAGAGCCAUUUUAGCUGAACCGAGAACCAAAAACGCAUCGGCAGACAGCGAGUAUGCCACAAGCUCCAGACCGGAGCACUCCGGAAGCGAUCCAGGCCCCAGCACAUCCGCAUUUGCUCACGACUCUGCGAGAUACAGUGCAGGAGAUGCGUGGAGCUCUGACAUAAUCACCCGCUGCCUGAUGGUCACGUCACGAGCAGCGGUCACACAGGAACAGAUCUAUGGGCUGUUCGAUCUCAUCCCAGGCAUGGAUUUAUGUGAGAUGCAGAGAGACCAAUACGGCUUUAACAAAGGGCAGGCUAUAGUCCGCUAUAACAAUCUGGGCUCUGCCGUUUAUGCCAAAGAGAAGCUGAGUGGUUUCGAGUAUCCUCCCGGAAACCUUCUCUCAGUAACUUAUAUAGAUGAUGGAGAGGACAAGACCAGUCUUGUAGGGAGGAUGGCCAUGCAGCUUGUAGCCGCUCAGAUGAUGUCUGUGGUCUGGAACGGACCCUCCAGUACACAGCUCAUGAAGACCAGCAUGGGCUUUGCAUCGGCUCCUGCACUCCCAAAGAGCCGCGUGCAGACGGAUGUAGCUCUGCCUCCCCCGAGGAAACUGGCCCCGCAUGAAAGUGUGGCUAAAGAGAGACUCUUUGUCAUAUUCAACCCCUCACCCCUGCCUGUGGAUGUGCUGGAGGAUGUGUUCUGUCGUUUUGGUUCCCUAAUGGAUGUUUACCUGGUUCCCGGCCGGAACCUGGGCUAUGUAAAGUACGCUGACAGAAGGCACGCCAUGGAUGCCAUAGCAGCGCUGCACGGUAAAGUGGUGAACGGGGUCAAGAUGAAGGUCUUGCUGGCAGACCCGCCAAAAGAGGAGUCACACAAACGACAGAGAACCUACUGACCUUUGACCUUACCACCAUCACAGGUAAGUCAGCUCAGUAGGUAAGAUAGCGUGAACACAGUUUUGUGGACAUAAUUACAGUUGUUUCUCUAAACUUAGUUUGAUAUGUUUAAGCAACUGAAGAAAAAUAUUCUGCAUAUCAGGGAUUUAAUGUAAUUGUGAAAUUGGUCAAAAUAAAUGAUGCAGCAUUUGUUACAUCACAGCAACAACAAAAAAACCUUCUAAAGAACUGUGACAGUGUUGUAUUUCUUGUGAUUCAGUAAACUGGACUUCCUGUCAUUCCAGUUGUGACCCACAGAACAUCCUGUGGUGCGAAUUGAAUCCUUACGUUUACCCAAACCUCUUUUGUAUUAAUGCCCGUCUUUCUUUCAGGAGCUGAUAGCUCACACGCUACUUGAAACGAACAAUCCUCGGUUUAACAUUUUUUUGGACUACUUACAGGAAGGAAUGUGUGUCUUUGUAGGUCACUUACAUGACAGUUUGAUAUCGGUUAGACCAGUGGUUCUCAACUCUGGCCCGCCAGAUCCAUUUUCCUGCCGAGUUUAGCCCCAACUCUGAUAAAACACACCUGAACAAACUAAUCAGCAUCAGAUUCGAUCAACUUGAUGCGGCGCUACGCAAAUCAAACGGCAUGUGACAUAAUGGUACAGCGAGAACGAUUCAAGUGCCAAAUGCGCCGUAUGCAUUUUUUAUCUUGCGGUACUUUCAUGCGACACGCCAAGCAAUCUGCGUAGCCCCGCAUGAAGUUGAACGCGUCUGUUCCUGAAGACGCGAAUUAGCUUGUUCAGGUGUGUUUUUAUCAUAGUUGGGACUGAACUCGGCCAGAGAUGAGAAGUAAACAGUAGAAGUAAACGCUCGUUCUUGCAUAUUUAAAUGUGCAGUGUUAUCAACAUCAUAUCUCUUCUUUAUAUUUGAUAAGAUUUGAAGCAUAUUGUUUGUGAUCACUUUUUUAGCCUUCUAGAUUUUUGCCACGAUUUGUCCAAAUGACCAAAACAUAAUGAUUAGGUCUGGCAGACGAUGCUUGAGGUUUAUCCAGACUGUAUUCUGCUGUUCCUCUGUGGACGCGGUGUUUAACUGUGUUGUCUUUGUUCUUACAGAGUUUUAAGUGACAUGACGCAUGACCAUGACAGGACGGAUAUGACACGACCUCAUAGCGACGGACACUGACUGCCGUACUGCUAUUUCUGUUUGUUUUAAUUGCAGAGAAAGUGUUGUUUUGUUUUUUUGCACUUUUUAGCUUUUUCUCUUUUAUGCUCUCGUGUUUACUGUUAGCUAAUAGAGACACUUCACUAAAGGUGACAGAAAGAACCACAGACAAGUGUCAGCCCAUGCCAAUCAUUAUGUGUUUGAUGUGUACAGAACCACCAAAAUAAAGGAGACUGGCUUUAUAAACCA